AUGGGAGCCACAGCAUCAGCCCACGCUGAGACUGUGGACAUUGACAUCUCCUGCCUCAGCGACGAGGAGAGAAGUCUCUCGCCGCUGUUCAUGGAGAUCGUCGCAGCUUUGUGGAUGCACAAGGGCAGCCUCGGCGGCUUGAAACAUUUCCAUGAGCGGCCAAACCUCGACCCGUUUCGCCUGGCGAAUCCAAGAGCCAUGUGUAUCCGUUCUCAUGGCCGUCUCUUACUCUUUCUCGUUCUCCUCAGCUUGAUUCCCGAAGGUGCCGGCUUCCGCAACUCUGCGAAGACCUCGGGGGAGAAGGAGCCAGUUGCCUGCCUGGAUGGCGACACACGGGAGCCGGGAUGCAAAUCCGUUUGCCGCUGGCUUCACCUCACGACCUCGGAGCUCAAUGGGCACUGCAAGGACUGGGUAAACAAGCUCAAGGGCGUGGGGCGAGGCGACGAUAACAACAACAGCAAGCUCGGAACCUACAAGGGCCGCGCGUGGUACAAGUUUUGGGGCACCUCCAGCAUGGAGCCCUUGAUCAAAGUGCUGAGCUCGAACUGCAAGGAGGAAGAGCUUGACUUCUAUGCUGCCGCCUUGUACCAGUUGAUCGAGGACCUGAAGAGGGAUCGUCCGACGAAGUACGAGAAGUACGACGAUGAGUUGGCAAUCCUUCAAGAGAAGCUUUCAGAUGUCGUCACCGAGAAAGUGGCAAAAUUGGUCCCGCAAGACGACAUGGGUGCAGACGAUGCAACUCCCCUCCCAGUGUGCCCCGCCGAUUUGCAGGUGGAAGCCGGGGACUUCCUGACGUACGAGUACGGAGGGCCCGACUUUCAGGAGAUCUCCGCGAUGCUGAGCGACUUUGCAGCGGAAGGUGAAGCUUUGGAGUUACGACUCCACUAUUCCUACGGCCCGUACUUUGACUACUCGCAAACCCUCAACACGACUUCAAACGUAACGUUCAAGAAUCGCACCUUUGGUUCAAAGGUGCGUAGAGUCUUCGAGCUCUCCUGGAAGCACACGCUGAACACAAUCGUGCGAGCUGGGAAGGGUUUGGCGGAUCUUGCUGCAAACGCCGGAAAGUUCUUGUGGGACAUGACGCGGAACGCUGGAAAGGUCUUGGGGAGGAUGGGUGUCUGGACCGGUGCUGGGGUAACGAGGAUCUACUCGCAUGUCCGGCAGACCACCCCUCACACGAAUCAGACGAAAUGGACGCACACGGAGAUGGGCAUUGGUGAUGGCUAUUCCAUUUCUGUCUUUAAUGGCCUUGGUGUUUUCCAAGGUUCCAGGGUAUGUGGGAAUCCUGGGCAAAUCGUGGUGUCACGUUUCGUUGGCGACGGAACUGUCAAUGCGGCCGCCUACCGGAAGCUAGCUGCUGAACGGGCGCUCAUGUGGCAACCGUAUCUUCGCCACUAUGCAGACACGGUUGGGCAGUGGCACAGAGUGGUCGUCGGUCACUGCAAGUCAUGGCUGGGCACACCCGGAAAGUCUGAGUAUUUCGAAGCUGUCACCCCAGAGAGGGUCGAGGAGAUGUGGAACUACACCCCGAGCGUGAAUGAGACUGAGAAAGGGUUCUUCGAAGGCAUGAAGGACAACUUCCGCACACAUGUCAGCAACAACCACAGCAACACCCGGAUCAAGCCAAAAGCCAUGUUCUGCUCGAAGUUCGUGUCGGCCGUGUGGUCUUCCACCAUAGGCAACCCAACAGCUCUCCCCGAUGCUCAGCCUCGCUCGGAAGAUCUGAAGAAGAUGUUCCCCUUCAACCCGGGCGCCUGCAGCCCGUGGACUCUGGUCCAGUGGCUGCUGAGCAAGAAAGGACGUGAGACCUGGCACUCGCAAAAGAUCACAAGAGAGGACUUCUGCGCCGGAUAUUCAGACUUCGAGUAUAUCUACCUGACCAUCCUUGGCUUCGCCAAGCUUCAUUCCUUAGUCGAGGAGAUAGCGCUGCAGAACAACGGCGAGGUCUUCACCCGGAAUCCAGGCGUUCAACUUCUCGAGCGCGCUUGCGGCAUGACGAUGCAUGGAAAUCGUGAAGGAGCGAAUGCCUUGCUUCGGUCCGCACCAGGCGCACUGCUAGAGGUACCCUUCCAGGUGGUGAGGCCGACUGCAAACCAUUCUUCGAUGCUGCCAGUCCCAGAAGGGUUGGCAAGGCUAGCUCGACAUCCGAGCAGCAUCUCGAUUAUCUCCGUCGUCGGCCCUUUCCACUCGGGCAAGAGCUUUUUGCUGAACGCGCUGUUGGGUGACACACAGGUCUUUUCCAUCGGACGGAAGACAUCCCCAGAGACAAUGGGGAUCUGGUUGUGUCGCACAGAAUGGCAAGCAAGUGAUGGGUCAGAGGUUUGGUUAAUGGACUCCGAAGGCUUUUUCGGGCCAGGCGUGGCUGAGAGCUACGAUGCAAAGGUCUUCACCAUUGCAACACUUCUGGGUGGCCACUUGGUGUACAACACCGUAAAGAUCAUCGACCAACAGGCAGUCAACCUUUUGGAGAUGUUGGCCCGCCGUGCGCAACUUUUCCGAACCCGAACAUCCAAGGAGCAGGCGAAUCUAGAGACGCCUGAGUUCCUGAGUGUGAGAAGCUUUCCGCCCUUGACAUGGGUGGUGGAGGACUUCGUGCAGGAGCUGCCCGAGGUUCACGCGCACUCCUCGGAUCCGGCCACCGCUUGGCUCAAGUCCUACUUGUCUCACGUCAACGAUACCUCAGGCGAGGAAGUGAAUAUCCUUUCCAAGUUGUACAGCAGCGUGAAGGUAAAGACCUUGUUCUUGCCAGCGACGUCAAAGCCAGAGCUACAGGAUCUUUCGAAGCUUCAAUGGUCGCAACUCACGCCCGAGUUCAAGAAGGAGCUGAAAGAGUUGAAGACGCACGUCCUCUCCAGCUUGCACGCUCGGUCCUUCGAAGGCGAGCCCAUGACGGGCCGCACGUUGGAGAGAUCGCUACGAUUCAUUGUGCAGGGCCUACAACGUGGCAUGUUCCAUGAGCUACCAUCACUCUGGACGACCUGGACACAACAAGUUGCCGAGAUGUCCCUUCAAGACGCCGACACCUGGUUUUCAUCACUCGUGUCCAGCAUAGAUCAGGGUGAAGACCCCAUCCCGCUGCGAGACUUCAACGACAAGGUGGAGGAGGCGAGGACCAAGUCCGUUCAGUUCUAUGUGGAACUGCUGAGAGACUUCGAUGUAACCCAAGACAUACCGGAGCUCCGGAAAAGGAUGGCAGUGCACUUUCAGCACAAGCUCCUCUUGUAUCACGAGCGAGUACAACGAUGGACAAACGAAGGCAUUGUGAGGGAGAAAGAAGGCUUCGGCCGGUUGCUGGCAGAGCGCGAGCUUCCUUUCGACCCUGACCUAUUCAGAAAGAGUGGAGAGGAAGGUAUCCGCAAGAUCGUGGGCGACUUUAAUGCAAAGCUUCAAGUCUUUGCAGCGAGAGGGCCAAGUCCUAUUCAUGGCAAGGCAGCUUCUAUGCCAACCUUUUCACAGGACCCGGCAAGCCAGCUUAGUGUAGACUUGCACACAAUGCUGGGUGCCCGCGAGCUGGAAAACGAACGGGAGAUAAUGCAGCAUUUCAAAGCAGCCGUUGCCGCUGCUGAUGAGGCAGUCGACCGUGAGUUGAAGCUGGUGGGCAACAAGCUGUUGGGCAAGACCCAGCUAAAGGAGCUGCAGUCCAUCGUGCAAUCACGAUGCUGGCAAGCGUUCGAGGACAAGCUGGCAGGACACAAGUGGAUGAAGCUUCUAAGCCACCACAAAACACACAAGGCUUUGGUGCAAACAGAGACGUACGAAAACAGGAUGACGAGGUACAGUGCCGCGAAUGAUCAACGGCUCAGCGCUCACUUCCGGACAGCCUUGGAGCGAUGUGUCAGCUCGUACAAGACACGCAAGACCCACUUGGCGAUGCCUGCCUCGGAGACAGACCUCACCGCGGAGCACAGGCAGCUAGCAGCAAGCAUUCGAGAGCUGCUAGAUGAGCAGGGCCGCGACCUUCAAGAUACCGAUGCGCACCGGGGUGCCCUAAGGAGCCUUGAGUCGGUUUUGGACGAAGGCUUCGUGCACGUCAAACAAAAGAAUAUUGAGCUUUGGAAGGUUCACUCAGACGAAGCCACGCGCUGUGCGCUUAAGGAAAAUCAAGCUGCCGAGAAAAACUGUCGGUAUUUCUGCUUGUUUACCCGUGUUCCAAUGGUUCACAAAGCGAACUCUCGAAAACACUUGUUGCAAUGCUUGUCGCGAUCCAGCACAGGAACCCGAAUGUCGCAAAGUAUGCAAAACCAGGUUUUUGAGGAUUGGUACAACAAGGAUUUGGCCCAUGAUGCGGCUACUGUUUGGACCAACUUCUACCUCUUCCUUGGCACGCCGGUUAUCGGACUGGUGGUGCUGUGCUUCAUCACCGGCUGUGGACGUUCCAACCGGCAGCCCCCGCCGCCACCGCCGACUUCCUUCUACGGCACAGCGGGACCGCAGUACACAGCGGGACCGCAGUAUGUCCCGGCAUUCCAGGUAGCCAAAAGCUCCGGCAAGACGCUGGACUUCUUCCGGAAGGCUUUCGACCGUCAGGCGGAUCCAUGCCUGGAGGGGCGGACGUCCCGGCUUCUACAAUACUUGGAGAAGCACACUCACACUGUGACCAAAGUGGCUCCAUGGGAGGACGUCUCGCUGCAGCGGCUGCCGGAUGGAGCGGCCAGCCGAGACAUAGUCGGUGAACAUCUGCGCGUUUUCUGCAACGAGUGCACUUGGCUCUGGUCGCGCCAGCAUCACUUCACUUAUGAGGAUGCCAAAGCUUCCAGGUUUGGCGGCGAUGCCAAACUGACAGAGGACUUCGCGACUGUUUUCAACGCUCAGAGCUUUAGUGAAGCAAUGAGAGCCAGAGGAGUUGUGCGACGUGGGCCUACCGCGCAGUGGGAGGUCCAGGUGGAAAAUGGCUCCUGGGUCGGCUACGAGGAAGAGGCGUCUGCUACCAUCGAAGCUGCCUACAGCAAGAGGCUGCCGAGCCUCGAGCUGCGACUGGGCCCACGAGGUUGGAAGUAUGUGAUCGAUCUUGGGAACCAGGUCCAGCUGAACCCCAAGACUAGAAAGUCGCGACCCAUUCGCCGGCAGGAGGCGCCAAUCUCACCCUCCUCGCCAUCGCGAGGAUGCGUAAAGCUGACAGAAGCGGAGUUCGAGGAGGCUGUACAGUUCUUUGCCGGUGGAUAUGCAGACAUUGCCACCGGCUCCUCCGCGACAUGGCAUUUAAAGAAGGAGAGCACGAGUGAGCAGAGCAUCUCGCAGCCAGUGCACUUGCUGCAAGAGUCCGAUGCCAAAGAGCUUGGUCCGGGUGCGACCGAAGGCUGCUGGGCAGAAGCGAGGGACGGUGAGGGCCGCGAAGCCAGGCGGAUGAUUGCUGACUUGAACUCGGUGUGGCUCCCAUUCGCACGGGAGAACAAAGUUCAAGAAGCUCUGCCUGCACCGCCCAUCACUCCGAUGGCUGACGAGGAGUCGUCGAGGCCGAUGUUGUACAAUGGCGAGGAGAGGACGAGUCCUGCUACGUCUGGUCUCCUGCGCACCAACCAUUUAAGGCGCAAUGCUGGUAUUUGUGUCUUUCUGAUUGCUUUCAUUGGGCUGCUGGCCUCAAGGAAGAUGGCGCGCACCCCUUCGGCGGAUGUCGACCUGAUGCCCCGUGCAGCCCUGCGCUCUAUGGAGGCACCGAAUAGCCCUCAGAUCGAGAUAUGGCAGUCAGCGAUGAACACUGGUGACCGACUGUCGCCGAAAGCGCCUGGCUCCUUCGUUCCUGACUUCGCUUUCCAAGGCAUUGAAGUGGAAGUGACGGACGUGGCGGAACAGGUCAUUGAGGGAUUCGGGGGCGCCUUCACGGAAUCGAGUGGUCUGGUCUUCAGGAAGCUGACCGACGCGCAGCAGCGCGCCUUUCUGAACGACUACUUCAGCACAGAGGGCCUGGGCUAUGUGAUGGGCCGCACGCAUAUCAACAGCUGCGACUUCUCGGUGAGCAGCUAUUCCUUCGACGAGGUUGCCGGAGACGUGGAGUUGACGGCAUUCGACACCACGCUUUCCAGAGACUUGAAGGCGUUGAUACCCCUCAUCUGGGCCGCUCAGAAAGUGGUGAGGGCCGAAGGGCGCGAGAUGAAGAUGUUGGCUUCCCCCUGGAGCCCACCUGCAUGGAUGAAAAAUCUGGCAUUCAAUCCGAGAGCGGGGAUGGACCAUUCCAGUGCACCGUGCUUGAAAGCGGACAUGCAGAACGUGUGGGCGCGAUACAUCUCGAAGUGGGUGUCCUCGUACAAGGCAUAUGGCAUCCCCAUUUGGGCAGUCACUGUUCAGAACGAGCCCGAGAAUAAUGCAACCUGGGAAGCCUGUCUCUUGACAGCUGAAGAAGAGGCAGCCUUUGUCGGUCAGCACUUGGGCCCAGUCUUGCAGGCGGAUCAUCCCGAAGUGGAGGUGUUCGGGUUCGAUCACAACAAAGACCACGUUCUCGUUUAUGGUCGCACGUUGCUUCAAGACGAGGCUGCGUCCAAAUACCUUUCUGGCAUCGCGUACCAUUGGUAUGCUGGCGAUGGCUUCGACCAGCUGAAGCAGCUCAAGGCCGAGUUUCCGAAGGCCAAGAUGCUCCCCUCCGAAGCUACCUGGGAGGCGUAUCGCUGGACACCAGGAACGAAGCUUUCGCAAGGCGACUGGCACUUCGGUGAAGGCUAUGCGCACGACAUCAUUGGCGACUUCAACUCGGGUGCCAUCGCCUGGGUGGACUGGAACCUCAUUUUGAACGAGACUGGUGGGCCCAACCACGUCAACAACGUUUGUGACGCAGCCAUGCAGGUCAACUUUUCCAGAGGAGAAGUCUACCAUCACCCGCAGUUCUACUACAUAGGUCACUUCUCCAAGUUCUUGACGCCUGGGUCUGUUCACCUGACGUCAUACACCAGAAGGAGUCCAACAUAUCAAGGUCCUCCUCGUCCGUAUGGAACCUGCACGGGGCAGGAUGGACUUCAAGCAACAGCAGGGCGCACGCCAUCCGGCAAGGUUGUGCUGGUCGUGCUCAACUGCGGUGAUGCAGACCUGGAGUUCAAGCUCAAGUAUGCAGCUUCGGCGCAGAAGUUUGUGAUUCCGGCUCAUGCCAUUCAGACAUAUCGCUUUGACGCCGAUGUCAGCAAGGUAUCCAUGUGA